GCGAAACGCGGCGAAGAAAGUGAUUCUGCAGAAUCUGCUUGUGCAUUGUUUUCAUCGCAUUUCUCAACAAUUUACUGAAAAAUUCUGCGAAAGGAGAGUGAAAAACCCGCUAGAGGAUGACUAUCGCGUCCAAGAUGGAAGUGGAUGUAAACCGUGGAGAGGGCUUCCGGUCAUACUACAUCCAAAAAAUAGAGGAACUCCAGCUAGUUGUGGCGGAGAAAAGCCAGAAUUUGCGCCGUCUGCAAGCCCAGCGAAAUGAGCUGAAUGCUAAAGUCCGAAUGCUGAGGGAGGAGCUUCAGUUGCUGCAGGAACAGGGCAGUUAUGUGGGCGAGGUGGUGAAGCCCAUGGACAAGAAGAAAGUGCUGGUUAAAGUGCAUCCAGAGGGGAAAUUCGUGGUGGACAUUGACAAGAACAUUGACAUCAACGAUGUGACACCAAAUUGUCGCGUGGCGCUCAGGAAUGAGAGUUAUACGCUCCACAAGAUCCUGCCCAACAAGGUGGAUCCGCUGGUGUCGCUGAUGAUGGUGGAGAAAGUCCCGGAUUCUACUUACGAGAUGGUGGGCGGACUGGAUAAGCAAAUCAAGGAGAUUAAGGAGGUGAUUGAGCUACCCGUGAAGCAUCCUGAGCUGUUCGACGCUCUGGGCAUUGCUCAGCCGAAGGGCGUGCUUCUGUAUGGGCCGCCGGGAACGGGAAAGACACUCCUUGCUCGAGCUGUGGCACAUCACACCGAGUGCACCUUCAUCCGUGUGUCUGGCUCUGAAUUGGUGCAGAAGUUCAUUGGAGAGGGCUCUCGAAUGGUCAGGGAAUUGUUCGUGAUGGCACGUGAGCACGCACCAUCGAUCAUUUUCAUGGACGAAAUCGACUCCAUCGGCUCAUCGCGCAUAGAAUCCGGAAGUGGUGGAGAUUCUGAAGUGCAGCGCACGAUGCUUGAGCUUCUGAAUCAGCUGGACGGCUUCGAGGCCACGAAGAACAUCAAGGUGAUCAUGGCCACGAACAGGAUCGAUAUUCUAGAUCCCGCCCUACUCCGUCCUGGUCGCAUCGACAGGAAGAUCGAGUUCCCGCCACCGAACGAGGAGGCCAGGCUGGAUAUCUUAAAGAUCCACUCACGCAAGAUGAACCUCACGCGCGGCAUCAAUCUGAGGAAGAUUGCCGAACUCAUGCCUGGCGCUUCAGGGGCAGAGGUAAAGGGCGUGUGCACGGAAGCGGGCAUGUAUGCGCUGCGAGAACGACGUGUGCACGUGACGCAGGAGGACUUCGAGAUGGCCGUGGCGAAGGUAAUGCAGAAAGACUCGGAGAAGAAUAUGUCGAUCAAGAAACUCUGGAAGUAAGGUAAUAAAUCUGCCCUCACUUUUAUUAUA